UUUGUUUUGGAAUGAACUAGCCUAAUCUAAUGUCUGAAUCUAUCGAUACUCAUGACACUGGCCUACACUACGAACGAAACAAAAUUCAAAGUGAAUGAAGAGAAAUCCACAAGACGCAAGGAAUGAUCAAGAACAAGAAUGCCACCCAAACUACAACUGGAUAAAGAAGCAUGGAAAUGGGCUGACACAACAGAACCAGAUCAAGUAACUAAUGAACAUAUAAAAACAGCAUACAGAUUAAACCUAAAACCAUGUAGUCAAGGCGCUUGCAAGAGAAAUUGUCGUGGAAAUCCGUUGUGCUUAAAUGGUAUAGGGGAGAAACAGUGGUUAGGAGAACUUAAUGUACGAAAAUUCACAGACUUUGACCCAGAACUUGAGAAAAGAGAAAAGGAUUCAUAUGUUGGAUUAAAGAAUCUUGGUAAUACAUGUUAUGUUAAUACGUUUUUACAACUAUGGUAUCACAAUCAUUGUGUUAGACAGGCUAUAUUUAGAUGGAGAGAUGCUGAUUUACCGGAUAUUAUAAGUGACAGUUGGACACCAUCUACAAUAUGUGGCCAAUUACAACUUAUAUUUUCUCUACUGAAAUAUACACAGAAAAGGUAUAUAGAUCCAAGUAGUUUUAUAAAUCACCUUGGUUUAGAUACAGCCCUACAACAGGAUGCCCAAGAAUUUUCGAAACUUUUCCUGAAUUUAUUAGAGGAAGCCAUGUCAAAGUCCUCUCAGUUAAAUAUAAUACAGGAUCAGUUCCGUGGACAUUAUAAUUAUGUUAUCACGUGUACUAAAUGUAAAGGUGAAUCUAAGACUGGUUCUACAUUUUAUGAAUUAGAUUUAAACAUACAAGGUCAUAGAACUUUACAUCAAGCUAUAGAUAACUUCCUACAGGAAGAAGUUUUAGAAGGAGAGAACCAGUAUAUGUGUAAAUACUGUUUACAGAAACAGGAUGCUACCCGUGCUAUAAAACUAGAUACAAUACCACCAGUAUUAAAUCUACAAUUAUUACGAUUUGUCUUCGAUAAAAAAACAGGACAUAAGAAAAAACUCAACAGUUUUAUACAGUUUCCAGAAUGUCUUGAUAUGAGUAAAUACCUUGGACAGCCAGAGAAUACAUCAUUGUAUUAUCUAAAGGCUGUAUUGAUCCAUAGUGGUCCAAGUGCUUAUAGUGGACAUUACACAGCUCAUAUUCUAUCAGAAGAUGGUUCAGCAUGGUACAGAUUUAACGAUGAAAAAACUGAUAAAAUGAUGGGUAAAAAAUUACAACUAGGUGCUGAGGAAGAUAUUCAAGAAUUACCUGGUAAAGAACAGAAGGUACCUAAAGUAACAAAAGGAUGUCAUACAUCUAAAAAUGCCUAUAUGUUAGUCUACAGUAGACAACAACAAAAUAAAACAGAAGAAGUGAUAGAAAAUAUAAAUGAGUUUAAUUUAUUACCACCGGUUGUUAAAGAUUACGUAGCUAAGGAUAAUGAAAACUUUAAUAAAUGGAUUGCAGAGAUUCUCUCAUCUAGGCAACAGAAUAUAGAGAAUGGUAAAGCUGAACAAACAGAAGUACAAUCUAUUUAUAGAACAUUAUCUACUGAUUUAAACAAUAUAGAUGAAAUGGAAUGGAUAAGUGUUGAUUGGUUGAUAAAAUGGUUAAAUUUACCAAGUAAAGCUCCUGCUAUAGAUAAUACAUCUUUAUUAUGUCCACAUAAACAGUUAGACCCAGAAUCAGUUCAUAAAAUGAAAUGUGUCAGUAGUAUAGGGGCCAAUAGUUUAUAUACGCUGUAUGGUGGUGGACCGCGAUUAAAAAGAGAUAAAGGUUUAUGUAGACAGUGUGUACAACAGAGAUGUCAUGUGAUACGACUUAAAAUAAAAAUGGCUUCCGAUGAUCAAAAAAUUACAACUGGUUUGAAGAAUAUAAACAAUAGUCUUUCAUGGUAUUGGGUUGGUAAAUCAUCUUUAAGAAGUUGGAAGAAAUUAGCUUUAGAUAGAUUAGAGAAUGGUAGUAAUAGAACAUCACAAUCUAGUCCCUCUCCUGAUGAACAGCCUGAAGAAAUAAAUGGAAGUACAGAGGCAGAAGAUCAAGCUGAAUCUAGUUUUAUAUUUAAUACAGAUUUACUCUGUGAUUUACAUGAUAAUCUGACUCCUGAUGAAACUUGUCGUCGAUUAGUCCCAGAAGAUGUUUGGAAGAUUUUAUAUUCUUACUUUCCGUAUUCUCAACAAUUCCAUAUUAAUGAUGCCAUCUGCCAACAAUGUGAGGCUUUAAAUGUAGAGAAAUGUGAAUUAAAGUUACAGAAGAAGAGAUGCGUAGAUCAACAGAAAUCUGAUUUAUUAGAUCUAUAUUUAGAUCGUAAACGCCCUGUGUUAGAUGAUUUAUCUAAUCUAGAGCUGUAUGUCGUCAGUCAGACGUUCGUAGAUGAAUGGAGAAAAUACAUCAAAGAUAGUGGUAGAAGUCCUGCUGUAACUAAUGUGAAUAAUAAACUGUUACUAUGUCAACAUAAUCUGCUGAUUUUAUCACCUGAACAACUAGAUGAUCAUUCGGAAAUUGUUUUAUUAUGGCCUAGUGAAUGGGAGAAGUUAUGUAAAUAUACAAGCUGUGAUGUAGAUAUAAAUAUUGUUAGAUAUACAGAAGAAACUGGUGAAAUACAAACAUUGACUAUUCCAGUGGUGUGUAAAGAAUGUCAAUCAAUGAGAUUAUUAGAAGAAGAGAAGAAGAGAUAUAUAUUUGUAAAUAGUGUAAUAUAUGUAUAUAAAAACCAUAAAAACACAACAUUACCAGUUAAUAAUGGAACCAAUAAUACUCAUAUACAGACAAAUGAAGUUGAAGAACCACCUGAUAAGAUACAGAAGAUAGAUUUCGAUUUUGAUUUUUCUCGAAGAAAGAGUCAAAGACGUAGAAAACUACGAGGGGAGAAAGAAGUGAUUGUAUCAUCUGACAUGACGCUUAAAGAUCUUAAAGUCAAGAUAAUGAAUUUGUUUUCCGUCCCGCCAUUUGAUCAGAAUUUAUGGAUAGAUGGAAGAUUACUCCAAGAUAAUGCGUCGACAUUACAAGAAUUAAAGCUUUAUCCAGCUUGUAGUAUAUUAUUAAAGGUUGAUGAACCGAAUGAGGAGUCAACAGUUAUAGAAGAUUUAAUGUCAGCUCCACCACGACAAGAACAAGGAUUUAAAGGAACAAAUUUACUAAGCAGUUGUUGAUCAGGACUUAAUAAUGUUUAGAGGAAAAUGUGAUAUACAUGUGCUGAAGUUGUUAGUUAUUACAAACUUUUCAUAUAUUAUUAUUAAUAUUGCCUCACAAUAGUUUUCGUUGUUAUAAGGCAGGGCUCAAUUAAGGCAAUAUAUUAGUGUCUAGUCUGUGGUUCCCCAAUUGUUAGCAUUAUUGUUGAAGCCUUGUAGAUAGAAAUAUAAUAUAGUAAAUCUUGUUUAAAACUCUUAGCAUAUAUUGGUGAUUAACACUAGCUGUUAAAGCUGUGAGCUAAAAUAUAAUUCACAUACACUUUUAUUAUAUGCCCACAUUUUCAUGUGGAUGUAUAUUGUCGUUGCCCCUGUUCGUCUGGACAUCUGUCCAUCCACAUUUUGUUUGUUGACACUCUACAUGUCACAAUUAUUAUCCAAUUUUGACGAAACUUGAAAUAUAGGCUUAUAUCCCAAAGAUCUCGAUUCCUUUCGAUAUUGGCACAUAUGGCCCCUGAUUGUAUGGAAAUUCACAUUUUUAACUUUAGAGGUCACAUUUGUAUCCAAUUUUGAUGAAACUUAAAAUAUAUGUUUAUAACCCAAAGGUCUUGGUUCCUUUCGAUAAUUGCGCAUAUCAGACUGUAACUUGGUCGAACCAUAACUUCCUGGUGUAUGUUUUUAGCCUGUUCUCUGUCCAUCUCUUGAAAAAUGUGGGCGUAUCUUGCAUGGCAACCACUUGUUAUUGUUUGAGUGUUGAAAUGCUUGAAAUUACUCGGAUCAAACUAGACCAUGGUACACUAUAAAAUGGAUGUUGCCUAUGGGGGCCUAGGUUGUAUUGGAAACUAUGUUCUUGGUUUUACAAGACCGAUAAUGAUUCCCUGCCCACAUAGUUUGUUUCUUAAAUAUUUGUGCUUCUGAAUGUGAAUUUUAUUCAUGCGUUGUUCCUGUGUCAAUUCUGUCAGCAUUUGUGUAGUCCAUCAAAGUCCCAACAUCAUUAAUUUUAUAGCGAAUCUCUGAUAAGUAAUAUAAGGGUCUUGUUAUACUCUGAGGACCCCUAAAUCAAUGUUGUGAAAUGAAAUGAUAUGGGGUUUAGCGUAAAUAUGUGUUGUAAUGAAGAUUGUAUAUAUAUGAAAGAUUUAUUAUGCAUGAUAGAAAUUUGUAUCAUUCAAUGACAGAGACUUUAAAUACAGAGUUUAUUUUUAUUUUUUUAUUUUUAAAGCAUAAUUAAUUAAAAUACCUGAAGUUUAAACUUUAAUGUAUAGGAUACAGGCAGAUUUCAUUUCUUUAUUACAUGUACUUUUUAAUAUUGGUUUUAGUUUUUCAAUAUUGAAGGGUAGUUUCAAUUUGUUUAUGAAUUAGAAGAAUUUAGUGAUAAUUGAUACCAGUAUGGAAAUUUAUUUAAUUCUUUAAUAAAACAAUUUCAUCUGGGUUUACUUUAAGUUUAAAUUGUUUGUGGAGUAAAAUAUUUCAUUGUAACCAGUUUGACAGGGUUCAAAUGCCCCGGUGAUAUGAGUACUAAAAUCAGACAAAAAAAUAAAUGAUUAAAUCAGGAUUUUUACCUCUAACCUUAGGACAAAGUAAUUACAGGGAAACAUAUCAAGGGCUUAGAACCAAAAGUGAAUAUCUCCAAUUUUUCUGAUUUUGUUUACUUUUUUUUACUUUUGUGUUAUGUCCUACAGCCAUUCAAAAUGCAUAAAAUGCACUGUCUGUUUUUGAUUAAAGUCUACCAUCAUAAAAAGGUUUUGGAAAGAAGUGGAUAUCUGGCACAUGGUCACUUUUAGCACUAAAAUACUGAUGCCAGAGCUGGUUAUGUGACACAUAUUCACUUCUGGCUGGACUGUUUUGCACUAUUAAGAGUGACAUCCCUUUAGCAAAAUGGAGGACAUGCCUAACAUAAUAUCAUGUUGUUUCAGUUGAUUUUGUGUAUAAAGAGCUUUGUUACACAGAUAAAACCAUUUAAAUUUAAUUGGAUAUCAGCCAAGAAUAUUCAAUACUUUUCUUGCCAGAAUUGAAUAGCCAUUUAAUUUGAAUAUUUUACACUUUUAUUGACGAAAAUAGCCCAAUUUUGUUAUAAUAUUAAAGUAUAAGCCCAAAACAAAUAAAGGGACAAAAUUCUAAAUAGAUAUAUCCCUAUCCUAAUUUACAACAAGCUUUCAAAUGUUUGAAGGCCAUAUCUCAAAAUCAUGUUCUUGGAGAUAUUCUCUUCUGGUAUAUUUAAAAUAAAUAUCUUGCUAAUCAGAACUAAACGUAAUAUGUCAAAAAACAAGCUGGAAUAAUUUUAAGAGUAAAAGCCCUGCUCCACACCACAUUUCAGAAUGUACUCUAGUAAAAUGUACCCAAUCAGUAAGUCAAAUUUUAGAAUCCAGUAGCAAUUACUUAAAAUUUUAGAAUCAAGUAGCAAUUAAUAAAAAUCUACUGCACAUCUUUGUCUUUCAUUUCAAGAAUUUUGUGACAUACAACUCAAUUUAAAGUGAUGUGGUUUUUGACAAAUAUAUGCCUGUAAAAUGAUGUAAUAAGUUGCAAACUGUAAAUCUGAUGCUAGUAAAAUUUCGUCAAAAUAACAUAAAAUAAAAGGACAAGGAAUA